UCGACCCACAUAAAUCUUCUCACAAUUCUGCAAACCGAGCCCUAAAUUUUGACUCAUACAUAAUCUCCUGGACACAGGAACCCACAGACCUCGGGGAGAAUGGCCGGAAAUCAGGUCACUGGCGAUGGUCUAUCCAUGAAUCUUGCUGGAAUGUCAAAGAAUCAACUCUACGAUAUCAUGUCUCAGAUGAAGACAUUGAUAGAACAGAACCAGGACCAAGCAAGACAAAUCUUGAUUCAAAACCCUUUACUCACUAAAGCUCUCUUCCAGGCACAAAUAAUGCUAGGAAUGCUGCAGCCCCCUCAAGAGAUACCUAACAUUCAACCUGCUGGAUCUCAACAUCCUCAGCAAGCAACACCUCCUGCUCAGCAGCCAAAUGCUCAAGCCACUCCAUUGCCAGGUCAAAGUAAUUUGCGGGACCCAACAAGUGCACCUACACAACAAAACCAAGCUAAUAAGCCAAUGCCAUCCUCAUCUGUUUCUCCUUCAAACCCAUCUUUGCCAUCACAUCCCUUACAAUCAACACAGCUUAGCAGAAGUCAUCUCAAUGCUCAAACAGCACCAAUCCCAUCUCCACAAUCCUCUCAACUUUCAAAUAUGGCUGCUCUUCCGCCUCAUUAUUCUAGCCAGGCACCAUCAGCUCUUCAACCUACAAUGCCUGCUGUAACCACCCCAUUGCAGCAGCCUUUACAUAUAAGUAACAUGCCUCAUCUGCCACUUCAACCCCCACUACCAUCACAACCCAGACCACCUUCUAUGCCAGCCUUUCCUCACCAAAAUUAUUCUCACAUGGGACCCAAUGCAGGUUUUCAGCACCCAGUUGCACCACAGCUGCACCAUUCACAACCCAUGUUCCAUUCAGGUUCAAGACCUCCCACUAGCAUGGGCCCCCCUUUUUCUCAAGGACAACCACUGCUUCCAAAUCAGCAGCCGUCUCAAGCAUUGUACCAGGGAGGAGGUUCACAUGUAGGAAUGGAUUUCAAUCAAAUGGGAAUCCCUUCACUACCCGAAAGAGGAUCCAAUUGGAUGCCUUCUGGUUUGUCUGAAAAUGCAGCAGCAGGAGCACAGCUCCCUGGACCAUCCCCGCCCUUUCUUCCUAGCCAUAUGGGCUCAGGCAGUCAGCCUCCUCGACCUGCAUCGUUAACUGCUGAUAUGGAAAAGGCAUUACUUCAACAGGUGAUGAGUCUCACACCAGAACAGAUUAAUCUUCUACCACCAGAACAAAGAAACCAAGUGCUUCAGCUGCAGCAGAUGUUGCGUCAGUAAACAUUCCGAAAGAUUUUCCUUCCUACAGGUACGAUGGAGCAGUUAGAUCAGGAUCGAUGGGAGCAAAUCGAUUGAUUGUUUUCAAGGACUCGUUCCUUUUUGCGUUUUUAUUGAAUUUUGGCCACUGAAAUCAAAGAUUAUUUAUUCUAAAGUGAAGUUUGUUACUAAAUUGUUUGAUGUUGAAAUGUGUCUUUAGAUCA